GAAGUUGUGAGGACUGACUCACUUCCGGUGCGGCCUACACGCCGUAGAGCGAUCACGUGGUCUGCUGUCGUUGUUAUGGAAACAGCGGAGCCGCUUCUGUUUACAUGACUGUAGUUGGGGGUCUGGCAGAACACCGGCUGUAGGCAGCAUGUCCAGAGGAAAGGUUACGACAAUCAAGAGUCAAUAUGGCUACCAGCGGCAGAAGGAACGAGAGCCCAGAUCCUGCAUCCGGUACAAGUGCGGCCUCAUCAACACCAUCGCGGAUGUGCUGAGACAGCGGCCUGGCUGGACGGAGGUGAAGGACGAUGGAGAGUGGGAUUUUUUCUGGUGUGAUGUCGGCUGGCUGCGUGAGAACUUCGAUCACAUUUACAUGGAGGAACACGUGCGCAUCUGCCACUUCCGCAACCACUAUGAGCUGACCAGGAAGAACUUUAUGGUGAAGAAUCUAAAGCGGUUCCGAAAGCAGCUGGAGCGAGAGUCUGGUCGUCUUGAGGCCGCAAAAUGCGACUUCUUCCCCAAGACCUUUGAGCUUCCAUCAGAAUAUCACCUGUUUGUAGAGGAAUUCCGCAGAAACCCUGGAAUCACAUGGAUUAUGAAGCCUGUGGCCAGAUCCCAGGGGAAGGGGAUUUUCCUAUUCCGGAAACUAAAAGACAUCAUUGAGUGGAAGAAGGAUGGCAGCCGCACAGAUGAGCAGAAGGACGAGAUCCCUGUAGAAAAUUACGUGGCUCAGCGCUAUAUAGAGAAUCCAUACUUAAUAGGAGGGAGAAAAUUUGACCUGCGUGUGUAUGUUUUAGUCACAUCGUAUAUACCCCUCCGGGCCUGGCUUUACCGAGAUGGUUUCGCCAGAUUCUCAAACACACGCUUCACACUCAGCAGCAUCGAUGAUCAGUAUAUUCACUUGACGAAUGUGGCGAUCCAGAAAACUGCUCCCGAUUACGAUCCAGAGAAGGGCUGCAAAUGGAUGAUACAGCAGCUACGGCAGUACCUGACGGCCAAACAUGGCCCCUCGGCGGUGGAGACCCUCUUUCAGAACAUUGACAAUAUCUUUAUCAAGAGCCUACAGAGCGUCCAGAAAAUCAUCAUCAACGACAAGCACUGCUUUGAACUGUAUGGCUACGACGUCCUGCUGGACGAGGACCUGAAACCGUGGCUGCUGGAAGUUAACGCUUCUCCCUCUCUGACCGCCAGCAGUCAAGAAGAUUAUGACCUGAAAUGCCGACUCUUGGAGGAUACCCUGCACGUGGUGGACAUGGAAGGAAGGCUAACAGGGCAGGAGAAGCGGGUCGGGGGCUUUGACCUCAUGUGGAAUGACUGCCCUGUAUCCCGGGAUGACGGACAGCUAGACAGCGUCAGCAAUGGAACCUUUAUGGCGAACACACACUUAGGCUGCAUCAACGACAGAAAGAAGAACCUGAGACAACUAAUGAAAACUGCCAGCAAGAAACCGCCAACCGCUCAAUAAACUCAAGCCAUAUCCGCCAUCUUGA